AUGAAAAAUCAUGAAUCACGCCCAACUGUCUCUACUCCAUUCCCUGAAGCGAAUGCGACAUCCCAUAGUGGGAAAGAGCAAAAGGAUAGAGAUCACGCCAGCAGUCGUGGUCGAGGCCGUGGUCGAGGUCGUAGUCGCGGCCGCGGACAUGGACAUGAUCGUGGUCGAGGUGGUCAUUUUAGAAAAUCAUACUCUCACCAGAAGUGGGACAAUAAAGAUGGAAAUAAGAAUGAGAAGGAUAAAUAUGAAAAUAUAUGCUACCGUUGUGGAGGAAAAGGCCAUUGGUCUCGUGUGUGUCGUACACCAAAACAUCUAGUAGACCUUUAUCAACAAUCAAUCAAACAGAAAGGAAAGAAAGUGGAAACAAAUUUGGUGUACGAGGAUGGCGAAGGUGAUUUUGAUUACGGUGAUAAAACUCACCUGGAAGCAGCUGAUUUCUUUCCUAAUUCUGAAGAAAAUAAUUGA